AUAGUUAAUCUCUUCACUCAAGUACUGGAAACAAUGUCAGGAGAGGAAAAUUCUGCCCCAGUUGCUGCUGGCAAAAAAGGCUUAUCCAAGCCAAGAAAAGGAAGAGGAAGCAAGAGAGGUGUUAGGGCAGAGCCAGUUGAAGAGGUUCAUGAUGCAGAGCUGGAUACAGACUUUCCAGAAGCAGCUAAAACUGACGAUGCUUCACCAGCAAAAAGACAAAGAGGAAGUAAGAAGAGAACAUCCUCUUGUGAUGAGUCAGACAAUAAUGAAGAGGAUGUAUAUAACAGUGCUAAAGAGGAUAGAAAGCAAGCAGAGCCAGUGGGUGAAGAGGCAGAUGCUGACGUUUCAGAAGCAGCUAAAACAUUCAGAGCUUUGCCAUCAAGAAGACGAAGUGGAAGGAAGAGGAGAUCAUUCCAUUUUGAUGAUUCAGACAGCGAUGAAGAUGUUUUUUUCAAUAUUGUUGAAAAGAAGUCAAGGCGAGGCAGACCUAAAGGACAAACAUUAGAAUCAGGAUCAUGGGUAGCUCGAAAACCACUUGGUCGUCCAAAGCAAAACGCUUUGAAUCAGUCCUUAAGAAGAGGCCAGAAACAUCCUACUGAGUUAAUAUGUGAAUUAGGCCAAGUGUUCUACAGUCUUGGUUGGGUUAGUGGAACAGGUGGUGGCAUCAGCAUCAAAACAGGGGACCAGAUCUAUGUUGCCCCCUCUGGUGUCCAAAAGGAACGUUUACAACCAGAGGACAUUUUUGUCUUGAGCUCUGAUGGUCAAGAAGUUGUUAUUCCUCCUCUUCAGAAAAAUCUAAAAAUUUCUCAGUGUACUCCAUUGUUUAUGCUGGCUUAUAAGAUGAGAGGAGCAGGUGCUGUGAUACACUCCCACUCAAAAGCUGCUGUUAUGGCAACCUUGGCAUAUCCUGGUCCAGAAUUCAGAGUUACUCAUUUGGAGAUGAUCAAGGGUAUAAAAUGUGGAUCAGAAGACCGUCAGAUGAGAUAUGAUGAGGAACUGAUAGUUCCAAUCAUUGAAAACACUCCAUUUGAAGCAGAUUUAGCAGAUAGUAUGUCACAGGCGCUGGAAUUGUAUCCUGAUACUCAAGCAGUUUUAGUUAGACGACAUGGCGUUUAUAUAUGGGGAGACACAUGGGAAAAAGCAAAAACCAUGGCAGAAAGUUAUGACUACUUGUUUGAUAUUGCUGUUCAGAUGAAAAAGUUUGAUGUUGACCCUACAAAACCUCCAAAAGGUGCAUCAGAAGUACAAGGUCACAUGAAUGGGAAAUGAUUUACUCUAAUUUUAAGACAAAAACCUUAUACUAUAGAGUAUACUUUACAAAUAUAUUAAUAUUAAGUUGUAAAAGAAAAUGGGGAACAGUCCAAUUAAAAAAUAAGAUUUGUGAUAAUUUCAGAAAAGGUACUUUAAAAUCAGUAAAUGUGUUUGGCUGUAACAUUUUAUGUGAAUUUAAGACGUCUUGGUACUCAUGUUUAUAUUUUUUCAUUAGUUUACACAGUAUAAACAAUGCAUUAUUGCUCUUAUCAUAUGUAUCACUUAAUAUUUGUGCCCUAAUUAAGAAUGAUGUUUGGAAGUUGUUUGCUAGAAAGUUCUUGGUGCCAUUUUUACAAACUUUAAAGUAGGUGGGUACUUUGUCAUUUUGAGGUUUUGUAAGUGUAUUCAAAGUCCUUUUAGUUUUCUUUGUUGUAUCAGUCAUUAUGGUAAUGCAUCAAGUUUUGUAAUGCAUGGUAAAUUUUAAAUUGGAGAAUCCUAAAUUCAUAUCUCAGAAUUUUAAAAGUUUUUGUAUUCAUUUCAUAACUGAAGCAAAGUGUAAAUUCAGUAAACAACAGAAUUAUGCCCCCUGAUACAUAGACUGCAUAAAAUAGCUUACAGGCAGUCCCCAGUUAUCGGCGAGGGUUCCGUUCCCAGCAGGAUGCUGAUAAGCGGAAACCGCCAUUAACUGAAACUGCAAUGUAUGGCGCUGAGUUUCAGUUAAUGGCGGUAUGAUAUGGCGCCAUAACUCUAUUAUCAGCACCUUAUGGUGCCAUUAACUGAAACUCAGCCCGUUAUGGCACCAUUAACUGAAACAACCCUAUGGCGCCAUUAACUGAAACAGCCUGUUAUGGCACCAUUAACUAAACUCAGCCCAUUUUGGCACCAUUAACUGAAACAACCCGUUAUGGUGCCAUAAAUCCCUGAUUUUCAGAUCGCCAUUAAUUGAGACCACCGAUAACUGGGGACUGCUUAUAUAUGUAAGUUCUUUUUUUACAGAUUGCAUAAGUAGGAAUACUUAUUCACUAGAGUACUAGAGUUUAAGAUUUAUUGAGUGAUUGCACUUAGAAUUACUGAUUAUGCAUUCAUUUAUUAGUUAAAUAAAGAACCAAGCUGAGCGGUAAUCAGUAUGGUUUUAAAAUUUAUAACAUGAAAUGCAUGUUGCUGUUUUGAAAUAAUAUGGAUUACUUCAGAUGUUUUAUAAAUUUAAUUGCAGAGACUAAACACAAAGAUGCA